GUGGACUACAGACACAGGCAAACGUAAAUCAGUGGAAGAAAACAACAGGAUAACAAACGUUCUAGAGCCAAGGCUAUGGCCUCCCAUAAUGUCACUUUCUCUUUUAACUUCAAUAUCCCCCAACCUUCUAGAAGACUACCAAACCUUUUAACAAUGGACAUUCUCACAAUGGGAUGGACCUCCCCACUAUUUAUAUCUAUAAAAGCAAAACACAUCCAAUCUUCUUUCUAUAAUUUAUCUAUCUAGCCUUCUUUUCUUACUUACAAGUUGUGUAUGCAUAUUCCAGUCAUGAAGAUCAUUCCGGGUCUUCCUGAUGACGUUGGCCUAGAUUGUCUGAUUCGGGUCCCUUAUCAACACUUCUCAUCCAUUACAUCGGUAUGUCGGAGCUGGAAGGUAGAGAUUGAGCUGCCAGAGUUUUGGCGGUGGCGGAAGGCUGCUGGUGUAUGCCAGCAGAUCAUAGUGAUGGCACAGGCACGGGUUGACCCAACCAACAACCAUGGACUCAAGAAGUAUUCUGCUACACCGGUGUAUCGACUCACGCUUUACGAGGCAAAAACGGGUGGCUGGAGUGAGCUGCCACCAGUUCCAGGACUCUCCGAUGGGUUGCCAAUGUUUUGCCAACUUGCUGCACUGGAUUUGAAUCUGGUGGUAAUCGGAGGCUGGAACCCAGUAACUUGGGAGGUUUCAAAUGCGAUGUUCAUUUACAAUUUCGUUUCGGCCAAGUGGCGUCGCGGGACCGAUAUGCCUAGAGGUCAUAGAUCAUUCUUUGCUUGUGCAUCUGAUUCUCAUCGGAUGGUGUUUGUUGCGGGUGGACAUGACACCCAGAAAAAUGCAUUGAGAUCUACAAUGGCGUAUGACAUGACAAAAGAUGAAUGGGUCCAACUACCUGAUAUGGCAAGGGAGCGCGAUGAGUGCAAGGGGGUGUUCCACCAUGGCAAGUUCCAUGUCAUUGGUGGGUACCCCACAGAGAUGCAAGGUUGCUUUGAGAGAAGUGCCGAAGCUUUUGAUGUUGCCACAUGGCAGUGGAAGCAAGUCCAAGAGGACUUCUUGGAAACUGCCACGUGUCCAAUGACUUGCCUGGACAGUGGGGAUGGAAGACUCUUCAUGUGUCGGGCUGGUGAUGUGGAGGUCCUACAGAGUCCUAUAUGGCAAGUAGUAGCUGAACUUCCAACUGAGGUACACCAUACAUCAUACGUGACAGCAUGGCAGGACAAGUUGUUAGUGAUUGGCUGUCCAAGAUUUGGUGAGCCCCACAGAGCCUAUCUAAUAGGUUUGAAAGAUAACAACUGGACAAAAGUGGAGGCACUAGAGGAGUACUCCGGCCAUGUUCAGUCCUGCUGUUGGUUAGAGAUAUAA